AUGGCCGACGGGAACUAUCCCCCAACUGGAGAAUGGACCACUGGCUGGUGCGGCUGCUUCGACGACUGUAAUUCGUGCUGUUGCGUUUACUGGUGUCCCUGUGUCGCCAUCGGCCGAAUUGCUGAAAUUGCGGAUGCUGGAGAAGCUGAUGCCACCCAGACGUGCCUGUUUUGGUACUUGAUUGAAGCCUUUUCCUGUUGCGGGUGUCUGUAUUCCAUGGGUUACCGAAAGAAGCUGCGGAUGAAGUAUGGCCUUCCAGCGCAACCCUGUGGCGACAUCUGGAUGCACUGGUGCUGCGCCCUCUGUGCUGUAAGCCAGGAGUAUCGCGAGCUCAAGAACCGUGGCUGGGACCCAGUCAUUGGUUACUCCGCAAACAAGAGCCGAACCCCCCCCCCCGCAGCAGUUCAUCCAGGGUUCUAG